AUGAAGUUUAGCUGCUUCAAGAAGUUGGGACUUGACUUUGAUAUGUUUAUUGAAGGACCGGGAACCGGCUUCGGCCAAAAUCAAGAACCGAACCGGCCCGGCGGUUCUACCGGUUCUAGUUCCGGUUCCUUUAACAACAAAUACGCCGAGGUGAUGGCUCCAAAACAGCCAAACACAGGGCUGUUUGUUGGGUUGAACAAAGGUCAUGUUGUCACCAAGAAAGAGUUGGCUCCUCGCCCAUCUGAUAGGAAAGGCAAAACAAGCAAAAGGUCUCAUUUUGUGAGGAAUUUAAUCCGUGAAGUAGCUGGAUUUGCACCAUAUGAGAAGAGGAUUACGGAGUUGUUGAAAGUUGGAAAAGACAAACGUGCCCUUAAGGUGGCCAAGAGAAAGUUGGGUACCCACAAGAGAGCAAAGAAGAAGAGAGAGGAGAUGUCUAGUGUGCUUCGCAAGAUGAGGUCUGGUGGAGGUGCGGAGAAGAAGAAGUGAGAUUUAAUUUUUUAGCAUAAUUUUGUUAACUAUUUUUAUUACUUAAAGUAAAAAUUCAACUUAAGCUGAGAUUGGGUGCCUUUGUACUAUUUCUUUUGAAAAGAUAUGUCUUCUCUAUUAUACGGUUUUGUUCCAUUUUAUGUAGUUCAAUAUGUUAAUG